AUGGAACAUGAUUAUAUCCCACAAUUUCCACCACCCCCCUACUCGGAAAGUGACACAGGGACCCUGAGUGGUGCGAUACCCCAGGCACGCAAUCCAUUGGGAUCUCCAAGUUCGUCGGUUGACGAAACUAUUUAUACCCCUUCCUACUCCCCUACAGCGAGCGUCCAUCGAAGCCAGACGCUUGGAGAUGACUUUGACCUCGCCUCUUCUUCUGCCGCCGCUUACUUCGAAUCAAGGCCUCCUCCACGCACCCCAGUAUCUGGCACCCUAGAGAUUCACAGGAUAGCAAUCACGGCAACAACAGCACCAAAGGACCUUAAGUACUCCCCAGCUUUCCUCGCAAAGGAUUGCACUGCUCAGGAUUGGGCUACAUUUGUCAACUAUUUGCUUCCGGAUCAUGCAGCUGAGGCAAAUAACGAUGUUGUAGAUCGGAAGCUUCGGGCGGAGCUUGUCGAAGGCAUGCAUCAGCUUGGCCUCAACCAAAGCGAGCGACCAAGGUCCGACGGCAGCGAAAUUAACGCUCAGCUACUACACUUACGGCAACAGAUAUCCAACACCACGGAAAGGUCAGAAAUGGUGGAGCCUACGAUUUUAGAAUGGAACAGAGGGUUUUUCAGGCCCCGAAAAAUACUGAUCAGUACCGUUGAUCAAGUCGCUGAGAGAGCCGCCCGAGAGGAGACAGGACGAAGCUCAUACUCAUACAUUCCUCCGGGGGAAGAGAUGCGGCAAGAAUCCUCAAGGAACAAUCGCCAAGGCUUUCUCGGCCUCGGCGGCUUUCCUUUUAUCGAUGCCGGGCCCCAAGGCUUUCGGAUGGGACCCAUCGUCGUCAGUCAAAGCUCAACUCCUUGCAUCACUGGCCAUACUCAUUUCCAACAGGCAAAUAAUGAAGGUUUUCGAAUUGGCAAAAGCCUUGUAGCGAACAACGAAGGACUUCGCUUGGGUAACAUCCUCGUAAGUGAUCAACAUGGGUUUAGGCUUGGAGGCUUGCGAGGUUUCGUCAAAGAUCGAAAUGGAGCAAGCCCUUGUGGCAAGCCAUUCGGGAGGAGAGAAUCUGAUGAUGAUCACGCAAGGGGAUGGGGACAUCAUGGUCGCCGACAUGGCCACCACGGAGGCCAGUCAUUUUCGCACGGGCAACAUCGAAGAGACCGGUCUUCGUCGGCAUCCAGUUCCCCUAGCAGUAGCUCUUCAGAUUCGGAUUCGUCAGUUGGUUCUCUUCUAGAGCACGAUGACCUUUCAGAUCAACAAUUGCCAAUCAUAAAACAGUCGUUAAUGGAAUGGCUAAAUCACCCAGAACAGCCAAUAACUAGAGAAUUCGUUCAGAAUGUUCGAAGGGACAUUAAGGCUGCCAAAAGGCAGCCGUCAUCGCCGCAACUCCCUGACCAAGAUCUCAAAAGGAUGCGGAGUGAGGUAAAGGAUUUGUUGAAAUCAAUGAAGGAGAAUCGAAAGACUCGAAAGAGGCAAAGGAAAGCGACGCGACGCGAACGGCGAGCCUCUAGGCGACUCGAAAAGAAAGAACGCCAGGCUGCUCGGAGAGAAGUGCGUCGAGGAGGUAAGAUGGCCGAGAGACAUUGUGACGGUGGAGGGAGAGGGCCUCCCUGGAUGGCUGUUCCGCGCUCCUUUAUGGCGAAUCAGCCACCUCUACAGACUCCCGCCAACACGGUGCUGCCUCCAGCACCUCCCAUACUAGCCCCAGCUACACCUGGCAUUCCCUUGGCCAGGGCAGCUUCUGUGCCCUCAGUUCAAAGUCCUUCCUUUGGCUUUGGCUUUGGCUUUGGCCGACCUGGUCGGCCAGGCAUGAAGGCGAUGCAUGGCGGCUGGCCUUUUACUCAGGCGCUGCCGUAUGCCCCUGGUCGGAUCUGCGUCCCCAACGGCAUGACGCACCCAGCGCCAAUAUCUUACAGUGCAGAAAAGAUACAUGCACAAGCGCUUCAGAUGGAGCAGGCCGCAAAGUCAAAAGAUAGUCGAGCCAUGGAGCUGCGCACGGCUGCUACGGUUCGAGGUGUUGGUGAGAGGCAGAGAUUGAAAGACCUAGAUUUGGCCACGAAACUAGAAGAAGAGGCUGAGAAUUUGAGGAUUGAAGCCGAAAAGUUGCGGGCUGAGACUCAACACUUGGAUACUGAAUUGUAGGCGAUCGAUCCCGAUUCUGUUUCUGGCUGUCCCAUGAUUUUCUUUUCAGACAGUGUCCCAGUUCUCACGAAACAAUCUGUAUCAAACAAUUACUAACAGUACCGUUGACUAGGGCCCGAGAACUCGAGGAAGAUGGAGGCCAGGCUUCUGGCAUUGUCCGGAACUGAAGUGUCAUGCUU